ACUCGUUGAACUGCUUACAACCGAAAAUGAGCGGCAGAGGAAAAACCGGAGGAAAAGCCCGAGCCAAGGCUAAGACUCGCUCGUCCAGGGCAGGCCUGCAGUUCCCCGUCGGUCGUGUUCACAGACUCCUCCGCAAAGGAAACUACGGAGAGCGCGUCGGUGCCGGUGCUCCCGUCUAUCUGGCGGCUGUGCUCGAGUACCUGACCGCUGAGAUCCUGGAGUUGGCCGGAAACGCCGCUCGGGACAACAAGAAGACCCGUAUCAUUCCCCGUCACCUGCAGCUGGCGGUGCGCAACGACAGCAACGACGAGGAGCUGAACAAACUCCUGGGCGGAGUGACCAUCGCUCAGGGCGGCGUGCUGCCCAACAUCCAGGCCGUGCUGCUGCCCAAGAAGACCGAGAAACCCGCCAAGACCAAGUGAACCGGCUCCGGUCUGCUUCUCCGACACAAAGGCUCUUUUAAGAGCCACCCACUUCAUCUGAGAGAGAGAGCUGUUUCGAUGGUGUGAUGUGCGACGAAACCUAUCUUACAUCUUGCUUCAACUUAUGGCCGAAAAAACC